AAAAUUGAACAAAAGUCAAAAUAUAAAUACGAGAAAAGUUUUUUUCACUAUAGCAAGAAAUAAACAAAUUAAUUAAAACAAAUGUCUUUAACAAGAAAUUGGCUCAAUUCCCUGCUAGAAGUUCUAAAAAACGCCAUCUUAUUAAAAAUCAUAACCUCAGAGUGAAACAAUAUCAGUUAUAAUCUUCUCAAAAGUUCAAACAUACCAUUUAAUGCAAAAAUUCAACUUUGAAUUUACUAAUUUUCAUAUCUAUGAGAAUUAUCAUAAGAUUUAUUUUUAAAUUGGAAUAUCAUAAAUUCAUAUGCACCCAACAUAUUUACACUAUCAACUAUUUUUUAAAGUAAAACGUCAAUGGCAAUAUAAAGUUUCAAUAUAACAGUGUAAUACCCUGCAAGUCUGAAGUCCUAUAGCUCAGCCUCUGUACAUGAAACUUUAUUUGUAUGUUGGUAUUUUGUUUGUGACCCCUAAGAGGAAACCAAUCUGUUUGAUUGGAUUUCCUGUACACAAAUAUGCUUCCUUGUUUCCAGUAAAUCUCGCUUUUGGAAGUGUUUCCAAAGCACACACAAAAACACGAUGAUUUAACAGGAAAUCUAUUGAACUCUCUCACAAUUCCACACCAAUGGGCAAAAAUAGAGACUUGGGUUCUAUACGGAGAGAGCCUGAUGUCUAAUGAAGCGGUAGCUCGCGCUCAGGUUCCACUAAGGACGUGUAAAGACCAUGGGGACCUGCAGGAUAUGUUCUGUGUGGACUGUGAGGAAUCUAUUUGUCUGAUCUGUGGCCAGCAGAACCACACGUCUCAUGACUGGGGAAGGAGGAAUACGAUACAAGAGCGUGUCAAAUCGGAGCUCGCAGAACUGUGUCACCAUGUCAGACACAAGAGAGUUCCACUACUGCAGGCGGAAGUCGAGAAAGUCAAGACGUUGAAAAAUGACUAUGAGAAAAUUUAUUUGGAAAAAAUGGAUAGAAUUACGUCACACACUGAAACAGUUGUGAAGAGUUUGCAGAAAAUAUCAGACGAUUUGAUACGGCAGUGUAAGUUACUAAAAUUUCAAAACGAAGACAAACUCGACCAAAAACAGAAAGAAAUAGAAACUUUUGUUUUACAGUUUGAAUUAAAUUUGAAGAGUGUUGAAGAAGAAAGCAAGUCUGUCAGCUUGUCCAAACUACUUCAGAUAAAGAAGCAAGUGCAAUCCAUACCAUAUCCAGAAAAAUUGAAUAAAAAGGACACGACUUUGCACCUCAUUGAUUUCAGAGCGGGAGAUGUUAAAGAGAACGUCCUUCAGUCAGUGCUAGGUGAAGUAUAUCAAACUUACAACAAAGUGACAGUUGCCAAAAUAUUUGAAGCAAAGAAAGGAACAAAGAUGAUCAAGUACAUUUCUCCCAUUUCCGAGACUCAUGCGUGGUACAGGGAAUUCAGGUCUUCGGAAAAUGUCUUGAUCGACAUUAACAAGGGAUCCACAGAGAGCGCUUGCAUGUUUGGAGAGACCCGAUCAGAUCAUAUUCCAGACGACUUCAUCACUAUAAAAUCUGGCGUCAGUAUUUACACAUGGCAUGCUGGCCACUGUGUGAUGAAAGUAACUCCCCCAAAAAUCAAAGAGAGUGAAGUUACCGCAAAUAAAGUUGUAAAACUGGCCGAUUUGUCCCCAUUGUUCCCAGUUGGUAUCUGUGCCACUAGAGAUGGCAGAUUCCUUGUCUCUGCUAUUGAUACAACAGCGUUCAGUGAAGACAUCUACACCAGUAGUCAACCAAAGAAAAGUGUCGUCCUAGUUCUAUCAGAGAGUGGAAAGACUAAAAAGGUUUUCCAAAAUGCCGAUGAUGAUAAGACGCCAUUGUUCCUCUACCCAACCAGAAUGGCAGAAAAUACAAACAGUGAUAUUUGUGUUAUUGAUAGGACUGGGAUGAACAAUGGAAAACUAGUUGUUAUUUCCUCCACUGGCAAACUCAAAUUCCAUUAUCAAGGCAAUGGUCCCAACCAAGCAGACUUUGAUCCAAGGGGGAUUUGUUGUGAUUCUUCAGGUCAUAUAUUGAUAAGCGACUGUAACAAUAGGUCUGUUCAUCUUCUGAAUAAGGAGGGAAGUUUUCUGACUUAUCUGAUCAAAACAGACGAAGAACUGUGGUCAAUGUCUCUGUAUAUGAACACAUUGUGGAUUGGUGGUAAAAAUGGAAUUAUUUAUGCUUAUAGAUACCAAGUGGAUACUACUUGACUCACCUCAACAUUUACUUUUGUCAAAAGUCAUUGUGAAAAAUUGUUGUCUCCUCAAGUGAUAUUUUUUUGUCUUUGUGAAUAAAAUUGUGUGAAUAACCUUUCGAAUGAUGUGUGACUAUUGCUGAAUCUUGAGAAGAAAGGCUCAAUGAAUUAUUACAUGU